AUGGAGCUGUGCCUCUGUGGGUUGAGUGAUGACUGCAAGGUGGCUCAUGGAGAACUGGUGGGUGUGCAACUGCUACUGGAAGAUGUUCUGAGUAGCUAUCAUGUGACCAUGGAGGCCCCCCCAAGACAGCAAGCCACACUGGGCAAAAAUGCACAGCCAGAUUUUUCCAAAGUGCCAGGAUUCAGAAGUCAGUUCCGAAACAGCCCAAAGGUCUCCAAGUUGCUGGAGGGCCCGUGCGAUGCGGUGAUGUCCCUUGCUUUGCUGAGAUCAUUUCUGAUACUGUGGAAGCAGCUGGAAGUGCUAAAGGAGCACUGGGGCCGACUCAAGCUGUAAGGCCAGGAUAUCAACUCUGUCUCUCUCCACAAACAGUUUUCAGAGCUCUACGAAACUGACAUUCUCUACCCCAGCAUGAAAGCUAUAGCUAGGCAGAUGGGGAAAGAAGAUGAAUUUAAAGGAUUUAUAGUAAAUAAUCAGUCUGUUCUUCCCCCCAGUGGAGCCUCAGAAAUUGAAAUAAAAACUCACCAGCUUCAAAAACUUCUGGAAAAUUUUGAAAUUCAUAUGAUCCAAGAGGUACUAAGAAAAGUUAACAGAGAGAUGACACUGCUUUUAUCAGAAAAGUCCAAGAAGGAGUGUUCUCUCCCUAUAGAUCUCUGGAAACACCAAGUCAUGAAAGAAAACUUUUCAGUCUCAAGACCACAAAUAGUUGAAAAAUUUAGACAGAGAUUAAUGCAGAAUUAUCAGGAUGAUGGAGUAGAGAUCACUUUCAGGAAAGAUCACCUUGAGGCCUGCCUCCUUUCCCUGGGUUGUGAUGUGAUGGCAAGAGAAUGCAGCAACUUUGAGACCUACUCCACGUGCUAUGACCAUGUGUUGCAUCACGCUAGGCAGAGGCUCAGCCAGAAAGAGCAAAAAUUAGAUGCUGCACGAAGAGGCCAGGGUCCACCUGAAGACAGUGCUGGCCAGGUUGCAGAGCUCAGUCAUGAUAUGAUCAUGGAAAUCACUGCUCUGAGAGCCCAACUCACAGACUUGGAAGAGGUGAAUCUGAAUCUCGAGAAGCAGAUUAGAAAAGAAGUCCAAGAAGAAUAUGAGGCAUUAGUCCGAGCUUUGUUUCAGACCUGUUUACACAUAAAAGAGAAGCUGGAUGAGAAUCAGCUUAAUUUGAUCCAGAAAGUGUGUGAGCUCAUCGGUGAAGUGAGAACAGAAGGGAUUGACAAUAUGAAGGACCUAAAGAAAAAAUGGGGCUCUGCCAGCCCUGAUGAAGGAAUGGAAGAAAACCCAGCCAAAGAACAGCUGUGGGCCUUGGAGCAGGACAACCGCAGCCUGGCCACCCUGGUGUGCAAAGUGAGGAGCCUGGGCCACUGGAGGCUGGCUGUGCAGCAGGUGCGCUUCCAGGCCCAGCUGAGCAGGGCAGAGAAGGAAUCUAUUCAAAGUAAAAAAGAGUGUUUGCGCAUCAAACUGAUGGCAGAGCGAGAAGUGGGUUUAUUUCGUCAGCAGAUCCUGGCUCUCAGGCAGGCCCUGGCCAGGGCACAGGCCGACAGCGCGAGGAUGUGGAAGCAGCAGGACAGCCAGGCUCAACUGCUGAAGGAGUUACAACAUAGAGUGACCCAGGAAGCUCUCACCCAGGAGCAGCUGCACUUCAUGAAAACAUCCAGGGUGGAGAAGCUCUUGGAAGAUGUGGGGCAGAAAGAACAGCAAUUGCAGCUCCUUAGUAAAGAGGCUGAGAGGGCUUCUAAGCUGGGCCAGCUGCAGCAGAAAAAAAUGAAGAGAGACCUCCACCAGAUGAGAAGCCGGCUUGCCCAGGAGCGCAGUGUGAAGCUGGAUGCUCUCCAGCGUGUGGAGGAGCUGCAGAGUCAGCUUCAUGAUGCCCAGCAGUCAGCUGUCCCCACGGGCUCAUCAGGCGACCUUAUAUCCCAGGCUCAAUACUCCCCAACUUCUGCCUCCGUAUCAUCCAGAUACUCCCAGCAACGCUUUUUAAAGACUAAUCUCAAAGGCAGUAAAAUAACAAGAUGGAUUCAAAGGCCACAGACUGUACCUAUCAAACACAAAAAAAGGAUUGAUGAUGUUUUCCUACCCAAUAUGGCAGAAAAUGUUCAACUGACAGCUUUUCGGGUUCAAAUAGCUCCAUCCAGAUUCCCAUUUAGAGCUGACUGGUGAUCGUAUCUUCUUUUUCCAACCUUUAUUUCUAUGAGUAUUUGAAUGAAUAAAAAUGACUCCAAAUGCCA